AUCCGUAGCUUAUGCUCCAUUUUCUCUAAUUUACCGUGAGUGCCCGCGCGUUAACAUCUGUGUGAGUAUUUUAUAAAUUCGAGUUGGUGACAACAGUCGAUUCAACACGCCACUGUCUCCCUCGAUUACCCAGAAUGCCUCGCUUGUUGCCGUCUGGCGAAGGAGUGACUGUGUAGAACACAACCAGCCAGCUGCAUUUGACAUUGAUGCUGUCGUUACUAUGCGUGUUAAUUGUCUGAAAUAACACAAAAAAGGGGAACGGGACUACCAGGGGAAGGCGAACAUCUGUGUCAAUACCGCAGCGAUGCCUCUCUUCACGACGAACCCAUUCGACCAAGAUGUUGAGAAAGCGACCAGUGAGAUGAACACUGCUGAGGACUGGGGCCUCAUUCUGGAUAUUUGUGAUAAGAUAGGGCAGUCACGCACUGGGCCUAAAGAAUGUCUCCGCUCCAUAAUGAGACGAGUGAACCAUAAGGAUCCUCAUGUGGCCAUGCAGGCCCUGACCCUGCUUGGUGCAUGUGUCUCAAACUGUGGGAAGAUAUUCCACCUGGAGGUGUGCUCCAGAGAGUUUGCCAGUGAAGUCAGCAACGUCCUCAACAAGGGACACCCCAAAGUGUGCGAGAAGCUGAAAGCCCUGAUGGUGGAGUGGGCUGAGGACUUCCGCAACGAUCCACAACUCAGUCUGAUCUCAGCAAUGAUCAAGAAUCUACGCGAGCAGGGUGUUACUUUCCCAGCUGUCGGGUCCCAGGCUGCAGAGCAAGCGAAAGCAAGUCCUGCUUUAGUGGCAAAGGAUCCCUCCACCUCCACAAACAAAAAAGAAGAAGAAGAUCUGGCCAAAGCCAUCGAGCUGUCUCUGAAGGAGCAGCGCCAGCAGCCGCAGACCUCCCUGUCGGGCCUUUACCCGAACACCUCCGGGCUGCUCUCCUCGCACAAGUCCGACGGCAGGAAAGUCCGCGCCAUCUAUGACUUUGAGGCCGCGGAGGACAACGAGCUCACCUUCAAGUCGGGGGAAAUCAUCACUAUCCUGGACGAUAGUGACCCCAACUGGUGGAAAGGCGAAACAUACCAGGGAGUGGGCUUGUUCCCCUCUAACUUUGUCACAGCUGACCUCACCGCAGAGCCUGAGAUGAUGAAGACCGAGAAGAAGACUGUGCAGUUCAGUGAGGAUGUCCAGGUGGAGACCAUAGAACCCGAACAAGAGCCUGUCUUCAUAGACGAAGACAAGAUGGACCAGCUACUGCAGAUGAUCCAGAGUGCGGACCCCACGGACAACCAGUCGGACAGCGUGGAGUUGCUCCAGCUGGAAGGUGCCUGCAAUCAAAUGGGGCCCCUCAUUGACCAGAAGUUGGAGGAUAUAGACCGGAAGCACUCCGAGCUGUCGGACCUGAAUGUGAAGUUGAUGGAAGCUUUGUCUUUGUAUGCCAAGCUAAUGAAUGAGGAUCCAGUCUACGCCAUGUAUGCCAAGCUACAGAGUCAACAGUACUACAUGCAGCAACCCGCUAACGUACCACAACAGGUGUUCCCCGGCCAGCCGGCAUCAGGUCCGUACACCGCGGUGCCGGGUUACACUGUUGCCAUGGAGCAGCUCCCAGCUGGAACCCCCAUACCUGGUCAGCCAGCUCCCAGUGACGUUCACAUGUACCUGGGCCAGCCGCCCGUCUACACCACAGCUCCGGGCAGCCUGGGCCCGGCCGACCCGCACUCCUACCAGAACCCAGCCGGCGGGCCCGGCCCGGCCCCGGGCCUCACUCAGACACCGAACUACAGCGCCCCCUCCGGCCCGAGUAUAGCACCUUCAUGUGACGCCCCGUACCCAGAGAAAGCCUUGCUAUAGGGCCCCGAGCUCCCCUCUCCUCUCUCUCACACACACACACACACACACACACACACACACACACACACACACACGCGCACACAUGCACACGUGCACACGUGCACCAGGCCCCAUCAAAUAGUGGCGGUAGAAUCGUUUCUCUUGUUCUGUGUUUUUGAUUUGUGUGGAUGAAAACAUUCAGACAACAUUCACUUAACUAACUACACAGUCGCACAUCUCACUGCAGGUUUGGUGAUCGCGAGGCUUCGAUCGAAGAGCUCACACGUUGUGCAGACGCACACAGUCUGGAAAACAGAGACACACUGUGUUCUUUCAAUUACUUGUGUUCCUGCAUUUUCAAUCUUCUUCUCAAAUCCCUUUUUAUAUGACUCACAUGUGAAGACACGGAGGAGCUUUCAGUCCACUUACAUCUACAGCUGCACUUAGUUACGUUUAGGUCGUCAUUCACGCCCUGAUCACUUCCAAAUGUGGAUCUGAUGGCAAUACUCAUUGUCCGGUUUAACGUACCGGGCCGGACAUGUAUUCCCCUCAAGUUAUCAUUAGGACCAUCGAGGGUUCUGUUGUAUUUUAAGUGUCCGAGUUACUUUGGUGGUGUGAAACGCAUUCGUCCUCAACAUGCACACUGGAGCUAAGCGCACACACACACACAUACGCACACACAGACACACUACAGGCAGGUGUACAGUAGCGGACACACAUCUUUGGGAGUAUAUGGUCAUUUACCUUCACGGACACACUUAAACGCCGCAGCUUUGUCACACAUCUCAUGCAACCGUAUUGCAUGCGUGUCACAGAAAACGGGCGUCAACAUCCUUUUUGUUUUUUUGCAAUCUCUUAGCGAUGCUAAAGUGUCUAACAUCGGUAAAAGCUUACUUUUACUUACUCGAUUCUGUAUAUGUCGGCAACUUUUAGAAGUACUGAAAACUGACGCCACUUUCCUUUUUGUGAGAUGAGAAAAGAAACGGGAGGAAUUGAAGCACGCACAUGACUCUUGUAUAUAGUGAAGCAGUAGUGGAGCCACACGACGACCUCAUAGGUGGGCCGCAUGUUAGCACAGCCGAACUCCGUCGUGAUGUACCUGCUGAACUGAAGGUGUGGAAGAAAGAAGGAAAAAAAAACACACCGGAAAAGAACUUUUUUUUUUUUGUUGUUGUUGUUGACUCUGAACUUUGUUCUGCAGAGGAGCAGCUGUAGGUCCUUGUUGGUGGGUUCGGUGUUUUCUCCGUCUGCAUUCAGUGGCUCGUACCAACAGCCUCGGCUCCUCAGAGGCGAGCUCUCUGAUCCGCCUCGGUGGCUUUGAAAACAUCUCUUUACUCAAGUGUUUUAAUUUUUUUUUGUAGUGCGUUUUAAUUUGAUGUUUCCGAUAAUUGUUAUGAUAUUUUAACUGGAGAAGCAGUGUAUGUACUCCGAGAGAAGCGGACCGCGUGACGCUCCACCUAACGUAGUUGUGUAUUUAAAUAGCUCACACGAGGACACUGCUCAGUGUUUUUGUACAUGCUCCUUGUACUGUAGGGUCAAACGGUAAUGUGAAGAACUGAUCGAACCUCCCCAAGCAUUUCAAACCGGUCCUUUUCCUCCUCUCCUCUCUAACGCUAAAACAACUCCUACCUGAAGCUGGACUGAAGUGAGCUCUUGUGAUUCUGGAACGCACAGUCGGGAUUAAUACACAGCUCCCUUUUGUUACAGAGUCACUUUAAUAUCAAGUAUUGUACGAAUGUACCGCCCACACCGUAACUUUCCAUUCUCCUCUGCGUGUGCGAGGAGUCGAUGUCCGAUGCACCGACGGAUGCCGAAACAAGUAACUUUAUUUAUCUGUUUAAUAUUGAAUGAUGCUACAUGAAGGAAUUAUGACUACGUGUUCCGCUUGCAGAACAAAUUGGUGUAUUGAUUUGAUAGUUGUGUGUUUUGGUUAUCAGUCGUGCUCUCGUGUGCGCAGCAUUAAAAAAGCUGAUUUCUGCUGCUCUCAAUUAAAUACAUGCGUGAAAUAGUAUUAAUCUGUCUGAUCAAAGAGGGCUGACGAUAUCAAACGUGCAAAGGACGGCAGAAGCUACUUAAUCGUCACAAAUCAUCCAAAUGUAACAUCUGGACUGGAGCCACCGUGUAACGUUACUGCACGGGAUGCAGAUGCUGCCUGUUUUUAAGUUUUAAACAUCAUUAUUGUAAAGGUUCCGUUUAAACUUGUAUCCUGCUGUUUGUAUGUAUUCUUUUAACCAUACUUAUUAAUUGGUAUUCACAAUAAAACCAGGCCAAAUGUACAGAA